CUUGUGUUUCUUCUAUUAUGAUAACAAGGAUUUUUAGAGGAAAACUAGUCGUCAUAGGAGACCAAGGGGUUGGGAAAACAGCCUUGUUAAAUAUGUUUGUAUCGGAUGGGCGAGAAUACCCUAAGAACUACACAAUGACAUUUGCUCCAGAAGUUAGCAUCAAAUUAGUGCAUAUUCCAAACACAAACGAUGCGGUAGAGUUGAUCAUUUACGAUUGCCCAGGAAUAGAUCUUUAUUCUGAUCUAUUGAAUAAAUUUUGGAAUGGACCUGAUUUACUGAUGGUUGUAUUUGAUCUUACCAACAAGAAUUCUUUGGAUUCGGUAGCAAAUUGGAUCAGCCUAACAAAGAAAGCUAAAUGGCGAGGGAAUGGUGGCAUUCCGAUAGCUUCAGUUCUGCUUGGCAACAAAAGUGAUUUGGAGAAUAGAUUGGUCUGCUUAGGAGAAGAACCUGUUCACGUUGCUGAUCGAUACAACAUGAAAUAUUUUUUCGGAUCUGUUAAGAACAACCAAGGUUUAGAAGACCCUUUCCAGUUUAUUGCAGACUCAUUCUAUAAGUAUUCUUUGAAGAACUAUUCUGAGGAAAGCAGAACAAUUUAACGAACUAGAUAAAAACAAUUUCUAACUUUAUUCUUAAUAAAUAAUUUUCCAGAGUUUAAUGUUCAUUAUUGUUACUUCAUGUUACCAUAGCAAUAAUAAAAGUUAAUACCUUGUAUGACUAUACUUGUAUAAUGAUUUAUAAAUAAAAAGAAAUACUACUAGAAAUGUUUAUAUCAAUUGUAAAUUAUCAAGGAAAAAGUUUUUAAUCAGAAUUAUUUUUUCUUAUAUAAUCCUGUAAAAAUGUUUCAAGCUUACAAGAUGAAGUAU